AACCUGUCGUUCGACACGACAGAGCAGAAACACCUCGGGAGCAGAAACACCUUGCGAUCAAGAUGUCAGACCUUGUAAUGAUCCUAACCGGUGCUAUAUCAUUAGUGACUAUAAUUCUUGUUGCCUUGAUAGCAUGGAAAGGCAGUGUGUCAGGAAGCGCACCCGUAGUGGAGGAAGAUGAGGCGAGGCCGCAAGUUGGACGUCGAAAUGUCCGCAGCAGGAUGCAGGCAACACGGCAACUCGUGGACGAUGCGACGCACCGUUCCGCAGACGAGGAGGUAGUGCUGGACGACCUGAUGACCGAGGGCAAGAUUGGGGCGAAGAAACGGAAGAAGCUGGAGAUGAAAGCAGAGAAGAGAGCACAGAGAGAUAGAGAACUGGAGGACCGAGAAGAGCGAAAGCAGAGACAGGCUCAGGAGGAGGAACGUAGAAAGCAAGAGGAGGAAUUGCAGAAGGAAGCUCAAGCGCAAAAGGAGGCAGAAGAAAAGAGACUCCAAGAAGAGAAGGAACGCAAGGAACUGGAAGAAUACCUCAAAUUAAAGGAAACGUUUUCCGUAGAAGACCAAGGUUACGACGCUGCAAACGAUCAGGCACAGAACAAGUUGCAGGAAUUUGUGGAUCACAUCAAGAGAAACAAGGUAGUAAUUCUCGAAGACCUGGCUUCAAAGUUUCAACUAAAGACGCAGGAUUGCAUCGACCGGAUUCAGUCUCUUCUCACCGAGGAGACUUUAGUGGGAGUCAUCGAUGAGCGGGGAAAGUUCAUCUACAUUGUGCGCGAAGAACUGGAACAAGUAGCCCGUUUCAUCAGCCAACGAGGUCGUGUUUCCAUCAGCGAACUGGUGGACAGCAGCAACUCGCUCAUUAACCUCACGUGACACGUAGUGGGGGAAAAAAACAUUUUCAUUCGCACAUGGAAUUGCUUUGACAGACAUUAAAGGUAAUGGCAACAUUG